GUUAAUGCAUAUAAUGCAGUCAACGUGCUGCAAUCCAAAUCUCCCCCCACGCUCCUUAUAAGGCACGUGUUUUCGCUCCCCUCUUAUUCAAUGAAUGAAUCAGAUCUACAGUGAAACACACGCGCGUCCGUGGCUCUUUUAUAAACCUUAACAAUUCCUUCUUCUUCUUCUUCCUCAUUUUAGUAACUCUAAACACUAAAACCUUAAAAAGCUUUCCAACAAUGGCGGAACCAGUUUUGGAGGACACUCCUGACUCUUAUCUCAGUUUCUCUUCCGAAUUCGAUUCCAUCGCCAUCUCUAUCUCUCCUUCUCCUCCUUCCUUUGAUAAUUUCUGCAAUUGUAGCUCCGAUCAAGCUCCUCUACUUAAGAACUCAAUCUCCGAUCUUAGGUUUUUCAUCGACGACGACGGAGACGGAGACCUCGAGUUGAGUUUCGACGACCUUUACUUUCCCUCUGAGAACGAAUCCUUCUUCGUCGACGGAGAAAUGUCCGGUGAUUUUACUCCGGCGUCGGAAACUUCAGGCGAUUGUGUUAACGAAGAAUCGGAUAAGGAUACGAAUGGCGUGCUGAUACGCUACGAUCGAGAAUCACCUAAGGAUUCAGAUUGCUCUGUUACUCUACAAAGCUUGAGUCGGACAAAUCAGUUCGAUCAGAAACUUAAGGUGGAGGAGGAGGAAGCUGCUACCACGAAGAGGAAAAAAGAGAUUGAAGAAGAAGAUACGAUCGAAGAAGAAUUGAGGAACUAUAAGUUCAGGAGACUGGAUCAAGAUGGUUUUGCAGAAGAUGAUGAGUUGAAGAGGAACGUGAGACUCAUUAGAAACCGUGAGAGUGCUCACCUUUCAAGACAGAGGAAGAGACAUUACGUUGAGGAGUUAGAAGAUAAAGUUAAGAAUAUGCAUUCCACUAUUACUGAUUACAGUAAGAUGUCUUAUUUCAUGGCUGAGAAUGUCACUUUGAGGCACCAGGUGGGAUCCGGAAUGUCUUUUCUUCCACGGCCUGGAAUGUAUUAUCCGGUGCUUUAUCCAUGGAUGCAGUGUCCUGCUUACAUGGUUAAACCGCAAGGUUCUCAAGUGGCCACUUUGCUUCCUAUUCCUAGGUUGAAACCACAGCAAUCAUUGGCUAAGGUGCAGAAGUUCAAGAAGGUUGCUAGUUUGAGUGUUCUCGGUCUUCUGUUUUGUCUAUUUUUGUUUGGUUCAUUGGCUCCUAUUAUGAACAUUAGCUAUGGAGGGUAUAAGUCUAACUACGUUACUGACGGGGUUUAUGAUCAGUCUAGAGGAAGGGUUUUAGAUGUUAAUCGCCACUUGGGAUGUGUCUGUUACAGUAAUAGAGCACAUUGUGGGAGAGAUUCUGAUCAAGAAAUGGGAAGAAACGUUUCUGCAACAGAGAACUCGGGACCUCGUGGAAGUAGUAGUGAACCACUAGUUGCAUCUCUAUUUGUUCCGAGGAAUGAAAAGCUUGUGAAGAUCGAUGGGAAUUUGAUCAUUCAUUCUAUUUUGGCGAGCGAGAAAGCCAUGGCUUCUGAAACGAAGAACGAAGGAGGGAAAAGCGAUGAAGCAACUACUAAUAAAGGUAUUUUUCAUGCAUUGCCUUUACCUGACUCGACAAGGACAGGGGAUACGUCUAAGCAUGUCUAUAGCGAAAAGAGGAAAGCCCUGUCAUCUUCUGGCUCUGAUGAUGCUUCUAAAGACCAACUCAAACCAACAACGGCCAAUGGUAAACUGCAGCAAUGGUUUCGUGAAGGUGUUGCAGGACCAAUGUUCAGUUCCGGGAUGUGCACAGAUGUGUUUCAGUUUGAUAUCUCCACAACUUCAGGCGCCAUCAUUCCUGCUUCUCCACCUAUUCAACAGUCUGAGAACACCACUGAUACACACAAGGGGAAAAAGAACAGAAGAAUCCUCCGUAGUGGUCUUCCAGUAUCUGAUGUUAAUCUAACCAAAGAUUAUAACAGCUCAAGCAACGAAAACUUCCGGGACACAAAGCCUUCUCCACCAAUGGUUGUAUCUGUGCUUGUUGAUCCCAGAGAAGGCGGUGAUGAGAUGAUGGAAGGAACAAAUCCACUGUCCCAAGUUUUUAUAGUCUUUCUUGUGGAUGGUGUGAAGUAUGUAACAUACUCAUGCGUCCUUCCACAACCUGAAGUCCAUAAUCUCGUGACCACUUGACUUCAUCUGUAUGCAGAAACCAUAAAAGAAGGGAGUUUCCACACUAUGUGUCAGAAUCUAACUAACAUCUUGUACCGUUGUUAGUUUUUUUGAAUUAGAUAUAGAAAUCCUAACCCUGUAAUCUUUUGAUCUUUUAUAACCCGAGAAAGUU